GGGUGUGAUUUUAGGAAGAAAUGGCAGCUAUCUCAGCUUCCAAAUGGGUUUCUCUACUCUUGACUUCAUUACUGUUGUGCAUUAAGCUCACUCAAUGCAGUGUCAUCUACGACAAGAAAUCUCUGAUCAUCAAUGGCCAACGACGACUCCUCUUCUCUGGUUCUAUUCAUUAUCCAAGAAGUACCCCUGAUAUGUGGGAAGAUCUGAUUCAAAAAGCCAAAGAUGGAGGUUUAGAUGUGAUUGAUACAUACGUCUUCUGGAAUGGCCAUGAACCUUCUCCUGGCAAUUUUAAUUUUGAAGGAAGAUAUGAUUUGGUUCGGUUUGUGAAGAUGGUUCAGAAAGCUGGGAUGUAUAUGCAUCUUCGCAUUGGACCAUUUGUUUGUGCAGAGUGGAAUUUUGGGGGUUUUCCGGUUUGGUUGAAGUAUGUUCCUGGGAUCAGCUUCAGAACUGAUAACGAACCUUUUAAGAUGGCAAUGCAAAAAUUCACCACAAAAAUAGUGCAAAUGAUGAAGAAUGAGAAGUUGUUCGAGUCUCAAGGUGGCCCAAUCAUCCUCUCUCAGAUAGAAAAUGAAUAUGGAGCAGAAAGCAAAGCAUUUGGUGCAGCUGGACAUGCUUACUUGACUUGGGCUGCUAAGAUGGCUGUUGGUUUGGACACUGGUGUCCCUUGGGUUAUGUGCAAGCAAGAUGAUGCUCCUGAUCCCAUUAUAAAUACUUGCAAUGGAUUCUAUUGUGAUUAUUUCUCUCCGAAUAACAAAGAAACCAAACCUACAAUGUGGACAGAGGCUUGGACCGGCUGGUUCUCGGAUUUCGGUGGACCUCUUCCUCAUCGACCCGUUCAAGAUUUGGCCUUUGCAGUUGCCCGGUUCAUUCAAAAGGGAGGCUCGUUCACAAACUAUUACAUGUAUCACGGAGGAACGAACUUCGGAAGGACGGCCGGAGGCCCGUUCAUCACAACCAGCUACGAUUACGAUGCUCCUAUAGAUGAAUAUGGCUUGCUUAGGCAACCGAAAUACAAUCAUCUGAGGGAGCUUCAUAAAGCAAUCAAAUUAAGCGAGCGGGCUAUUUUAUCAGCUGAUCCGGCUUUCGUUUCGUUAGGAUCUUAUGAACAGGCUCAUGUGUUUUCUUCGAAAACCGGAGGUUGUGCUGCUUUUCUAGCGAAUUACCAUAUCAACUCAUCGGCAACAGUCGUAUUCAGGAACAACCACUACCAUCUGCUACCGUGGUCCAUCAGCAUUCUUCCCGAUUGCAAAAAUGUCGCCUUCAACACCGCCCAGGUUGGAAGGACAUCUCGAGUUCAUAUGUCACCAACAAAUGUGAAUAGGCUCUCAUGGCAAGCUUUCAGUGAAGACAUUUCAUCGGCCGAUUCUGAUUCAAAGAUGACCGUUUCGGGUUUGUUGGAUCAGUUGAGCGUAACUAGAGAUACGAGCGACUAUCUUUGGUAUUCGACCAGUGUUGUGAUAAACCCAUCUGAAUUGCACGCCGGAAGCGUUCCUACUCUGUCCGUUGAGUCCGAAGGUCAUGCUUUACAUGUCUUCAUCAAUGGCGAACACUCAGGUUCGGUGUAUGGAAAUCAAGAAACUCGGAAAGUGAAGUUCACAGGAAAUCCCCAUCUACAUGCCGGAAUGAACAAGAUUUCGCUGCUUAGUGUGGCUGUCGGGUUACAAAAUAAUGGGCCACAUUUUGAGCUAUGGAAGACGGGAGUGUUAGGACCCGUUGUGUUGAAUGGGCUAGGCCAUGGCUCGAGGGACAUGUCUCCGCAGAAAUGGUCAUACCAGGUCGGCCUGAAAGGCGAAUCCAAAAACCUCGCAACGCCAACGGGAAUUUCGUCAGUAGAUUGGGUAGAAUCGUCGUUUGCAGACAAUCAUAGGCCCCUUACAUGGUACAAGGCUUAUUUCAAUGCACCAGAAGGGGCUGAGCCAUUGGCUAUUGACAUGAAAAGAAUGGGAAAAGGUCAAGUAUGGAUCAAUGGUCAAAGCAUAGGAAGAUAUUGGACAAAACAUGCAACAGGUAGUUGUACCCCCUGCAGCUAUGCCGGUACUUAUCGGCCCGUCAAAUGUCAAACCCGUUGCGGAAGACCGACUCAACGAUGGUACCAUGUCCCUCGAUCUUGGUUGAAGCCGACCCAGAAUUUGAUAGUCGUGUUCGAGGAAAUAGGUGGAGAUGCAUCCACGAUAUCGCUUAUGAGAAGAUCGAUAAGUUGAGAUGUGUAUACGGAAGGAAAUUAUAUACAUGUUGCAAGUUUGAAAUUAUUGUUAACUGUUACAAAAGAGCAUUGCAAUAGAAAAAGAAAGAGAUUACAU